AUGAAGCUUGUUCCAUCAAAAUCUUUCCAGGUUGGACCAACCUAUGGAGCCUCAACAUUACAAGGGUAUUUACGUACUAAGGGUGUCCAGUUUUCUAGAGCUACUAUUCAUGAGAUACAAAAGAAAGCCAACCCUAUUGCAUUUAAACAAAGAAAACAUGACCURCUUGAUAAGAGAAAUCCAAUUCCUUAUUAUGCUCCAUAUUUUGGUUAUCGUGGCCAUAUCGACCAAAACGAGAAGCUUGUUAGGGUGGUGCAUGUAGUUCUGAGGGAUGGCCAUAGUGGAUUCAUAGAAAACUGGAUUACCUUACCAUCAAAAAACCCAAUUCAAUUGUACAGCAAUUUUUUUAGGCCCAUCCUUUUGGAAACAGGUAUUUUUGAUCAGUUACGUGUAGAUAUGGGCAAAGAAUGGGUCUUGAUAUUGUUUACUCAGGAAUUAUUGACCAGACACAGACAAGAUCAAAGCAGGGCUGCACAUGUGAAAACAACCUCAAAGAAAAACCUCACGAUUGAACGGAUAUGGCCAGAGGUAAAUGCCAGGGUGAAUUACCCAAUUAAACGGAUACUCRUAGCCAUGGAGGAAAGUGGAGCUUUAGAUAUGACUAAUGAACAAGUUCAGUUUUGUGUAUCAUGGUUUUCAUGUGAGGUAGCUAGAGUGGGGAUGAUACDAUUUGUAGCUGCAUGGAACUUGCAUAAAAUAAAAGGAAAGCUUGGCAAUGGUGUUCCUUCAGACAUAAAACAGAAAACCAAUCACUUGGAACCACUAGACCAGAGUACUCUUCCAUCUGAAAAGGAUGCUGUGUCAAUGUACGAGUCUCAGGGUGGCAAAUUGCAAAGAAAGUGGUGGGUUGGUGAAGAUGCACUGUCUGGAAACUUAGUUCAACAGCAAACCAGGAAGCACCAAUUUCUGCWAAAGUAUUMCUUUGAAGAUAUAUUUACGGCAGUUGUUGAAGGAAAUGACAGGCCAUUUAAAAAGGGUUUAAAGUAUUUCACGUCACUUUCUUUACGUAUAUAA